AUCAAAAAAAGAUGGCUGACAACCUAGACCAAUUUAUUGAAGAUCAAAAGGUGAAAUUGGCACAAGACAAAGCAAAACUUGAAAAUGAUCCUCCUUACAUGGAAAUGCGAAACAAAAGUGCAGAGAAGCUUACAGAAACCAGCAGAAUGUUAAUAUCCAUGGCUAAAGAAAACAUUCCACCAAACAAUCAGGAGACUGAUGUACUCGAGUACUGCCUAAGCUUGCCUCUUGGGGAAGAAUAUGAGCGUAAAAAACACAAGCUGAAGGAGGAGCUUCGACAAGACUACAGACGUUACCUUUCUCAGGAUAUUUCACAGGCAAAAAAGAAGAAAAAAUACCUUACCUCUGGUGAAGUUGACCCAUAUACUCAGGGACUGUCUCUUCCUAUUGGUGACAGGCGGUCUGCCAAGGACAGGUUAAGACUUGAAAGAAAUAAGGAAUACAAUCAGUAUCUCAGGGAACAGGAAGAAUGGAAUGAAAGGUUAAGAAGAGUGGGGAAGAAGUACACAGCGCGUGAGACAGACACUCACAAAAAAGGCAUUGCUGUUUCAAGAAGCCAGCCAGAAUUACUUACGCAAAUAUUGUCUCCAAGAAGAGAUGAAGAUUCUUUCAGGAAAGAUGCUUGUACUUCUACAGAGGCCUAUGACGGAUUGCCAAAUAGACAAUCAUUAGACCAGCAUCACAAACCAAAUAAUGAAUGUGGACGUGGGGACAGCAUAUUGCUCAAAAAAACUGAUGAAGAACCAAACAUUUCCAAUAGGAAGCAGCAAAGGCUGGACAGUAAAUCUGGCAUUUCUAUUAGAAGGUAUCAAAAGUUUGAUGGGGAUCAUGACUCUGAAGUAGAUGGUGAAAUGGAUCCUAGGUUUCGAUAUGAAAGCGACUAUGACAAAAAGCCAUUGCGGGUCUUCUAUGGUCAAAGAAAUCAAGCCAGUUCUGCUAAUGAGAGGAACGUUCCAUUUGCCACAGGCCUGGUCAUUGGAGAGCAAGACAGAGAACAACUUCAGAGAAAAAAAGAACAGUAUAGACAAGAACUGAUGGAACAAAUGGCUGAGCAACAGAGAAAUAAGCGACGUGAAAAGGAGCUUCAGCUCCCAGUAGCUGCAACUGGUGCUCUAGACCCUGGGAAGAAGCUAAGUGAAGAAAAGCCUGAUAGAUUAAGAGAGCUGGGAUUAGUACCACAAAUUUCAGAACAGAGGUUACCACCAGAGAGACCCAGACCAGCCUUUCAAACUCCAACACCUGGACCUGCCUCCAUAUCAGCACCUCCUGUCUUACCAGUGAAUGAAGAUUUUCACAGAGGAUUAUCCAGUGCUCUUGGAGAAAUGCUGGCUCCCAGAAUUGCACCCCUGCCACCGCCGCCGCCACCAUCGCUGUCCACCAACUAUAGAACUCCAUAUGAUGAUGCAUAUUAUUUUUAUGGCGCCAGGAAUCCUUUGGAUCCCAGUCUUGCAUACUAUGGCACAGGCAUGAUGGGGAUCCAGCCUUCACCUGCACCUGUUAUUGAUGCCAGUCAAAAGCCUGCUGCUGGGCCUUUAAGUAAGAGUGGAGCAGUAAUCACAAAUGACAAACCAAGAGGGCUGGGUAUAUUUCCAGAAGAAAAACCGAAGACCUCAAGAGAAGCUACUUUAGCUUAUCAACAAGAAUUGCAAAAGCAGAUAAGGGAAAGAGAAGAACGUCGUAGGCAAGAGAAGGAGGAAAAGGAACGGUAUGAAGCCAAAUUAGAAGCUGAAAUGAGACAUUACAAUCCAUGGGGGAAAGAAGGUGGCGGUGCUCCUCUCAGAGACAAAAAAGGAAACCUCAUAACUGACUUGAACUUGAUGCACAAGCAAAAUGAAGAUGCGUAUCAUAACCCAGAGGCACGAGUAUAUGAAGAUAAAAGGGCCGUAGUAUCUGUUGAUCUAAGUUUGGCCUCCCCAAGACUUGAGAAUACAGAUGAAUCUACAAAUAAAAUAGCAGGCUGUGCCUAUUCACAAACAUCCCCCUAUGCUCGUGGUAAUGUUUUUGGGGAGCAACCAACACCAGAGCAGCUUAGGCGGCAAGAAUCAUACAAGAACUUCCUUCGUUUUCAGAUAGAGGAAAAAAGAAAGAGGGAAGAGGCAGAUCGUGAAAAACGAAGGCUUGAAGAAGAAAGGGAAGAAAAAAUACUUGCUGAACAAAGGGCUAGAAUACAAAGAGAAUACGAAGAAGAGCAGGAGAAGAAGAGACGAAGAGAGGAGGAGCAAAGAUUAAAAAACGAAGAGCUAUAUCGAUUAGCUGAAGAAAGAAAAAAAGAGGCAGAAACAAAGAAGCAAGAUGAAGAAGAGAGGCUAGAUAAACAACUGAAGCAGCUUAGUGAAAAAGAAAAACAUAUAAGGAUGGAAGGAGAAAAGGGUUUAGACAGACAGUUUUCUCCUCUCCAACUAAAUAGGGGUGUGGUAAAAGAAGAAAAGGCAUUUUUGGUGGAGAGCCGUAUGUCUUACUAUACACAGGAUGAUCCACAGUCCAGAGUUCCGUCUCCUCCAGUACCAGCUAGAAGAAACCAGUUACGUGCCUAUGAAGAAAAGAAGAAUGUAAUAAAUGAGCUGUCAGAGAUGAGGAAACAGCUGCGCAGUGAAGAGCGGAGGCUGCAGGAGCAGUUGUUAAAAGUACACGGUGAUGACGAUGACCUGAUGAAAGGGAGGAGGAAACCUAGUAUGGAUGUAUUUGAGAUGGCCAGACUUCGUAUGCAAGCUCCAGUCAGGCGGCCUUCAUCAAAGGAUGUUGGUGAUCCUAGCAAUCUUCAAAACAUCCGUGACUUUAAUGAACUUAAAUAUAAAGAUUCAGAAACACGAGUAGAAACAAGAUAUAUGUACCCCGAUCCACCUACUAAUGAUGAUGCUCUGGAUAUUCAGCAGCAGGCAUUGCUAAGAGAACAGCAAAAGAAACUUAAAAAAAUGAGGAAGAAUGCAGAAGUCCUAGAUUUUGAUGAUCCUGAGCCUGGCUUUAAAUUGAGAGAGAGGGGAAUGGUCAGAGAUGACUCCAACGAAUUUCUGAAAAACUCACUUUUGGAAUCUGAGAGUGCUUUUAUUGCUACUGAUGGCGAGGCUUUUCCUAUUUUAGACGUACCUCACUUUUCUGUGACUUUCACUCCCCCACCACCUCUGUCUGCAAGGGAAAGGAGGCGAGAGAAGAAAAAGGACGAUGUACCUCUUAGGCUGACUCCACCGCUCCAACCUGACAACAUCUCUGUGCACUCAGACUCUAGUCUCAAUAUAGAUCAGCUGAAAGCCAGAAAUGAAGAGCGCUUGCAAAGGCUGAGUGAACUACAGAAGAAAGCUAUUCACAUAGGUGAAGAUAUUUCUCUGGGAAAUGCUGAUGACCUCCUGAAGCAGUUGCCAUCCAAAGAUGGCAGAAGACCUAACUCAGUUGACACAGUGGCAACUGAGCCGUGGCUGAGACCUGGGACAUCAGAAACCCUUAAAAGAUUUAUGGCUGGGCAGUCAAGUCAGGCUAAGCUUUCUUCGGAGAACAACCCCUUCAGUUGGCAAGGUCUGUCAACGGCGCAUGGCUGAAUAAAUGUGCAAUGACACCAGUUGUGCCUUUCAAAAGAACUUUUAUCCACUACUGCACUUUUAACUUUUUUUUAAUGUGAUGCUGUGUGUUGGA